UCGCGUGCACUAUAAAGUCGUAUGUACAGUUCGAAAGUUAUUUAGAAGAAUUAAACGAGAUUUGCAAGAUAUUACAAAUCUGUUAGAAUAAACACCUUUAACAGACAAUGAGUUUUGUGUCAUAACAGUGGUUUCCUGUCAUAUAUACAUAACAAGAUGGUGUCUAACGAUGAUGUAGUGGGUACCUCAGGGCCCUCCAGCGCGCCCCAAGAUGUUGGCAACCCUCCCAUCGUUAUUUGUUCCACUGACCCAAAUGCGGCGGAACCCCAAAAGCCACUGGAACCCCAACAAACACUCAUCGAAAGCACCAUCUCCCCAAAACGAUUCUCACCACUCACCAGACAGGUUCUGGCAGCUUCUGGUCCCAUAAUGGCAACUGUAGCUGCUGGAAUGACAUCAGGUUAUUCGGCGAUUUUAUUACCCCAACUAAAAUUGGCAGAUAGUCCUAUUCAAAUUGACACUGAACAAGAGUCCUGGAUUGCAUCAGUAGCAGCUUUGCCAAUGUCGGCGGGUUGUCUGAUAUCAGGAGUUUUGAUGGAGCGAUACGGAAGACGAGCGACCCAUUUGCUGCUAUGCGUUCCUUUUGUUCUCGGCUGGGCUCUCAUAGCAAUGUCUAGCUCUAUAGCGCCUUUAUUAAUCGGCAGGUUCCUUACAGGUCUUUGUGUGGGUCUGCUCGGGCCACCAUGUUCCGUAUACAUCGGCGAGACGAGCGGGCCUCGUUACCGGGGAUUCCUGCUAGCGGCUGUGUCCCUUGCUAUAGCAUUAGGCAUUUUAUUGGCCCAUAUAAUGGGUACAUUUCUGCAUUGGCGCCUUACGGCUGCCAUUUGUUCCGCCUUUCCAUUCGUGUGCUAUCUGAUGAUGUCGAUAGCCCCCGAAAGUCCGAGUUGGCUGGUAUCCCAUGGAUAUCCUCUACAAGCAGAAAGAUCCUUUCGAUGGCUUCGGGGCUGCGAUGAUGAGUCUUUGUUGGAAUUGCAAACUUUAUUACAAACGCAUUCGGUCAAAUCGAAUACGAAUAAAUGGCAACACGCAAAGAAAGCAUCAUUUUUGAAGCCACUGAUAAUAAUCUGUAUAUUUUUCUUGACGUGCCAAUUCUCAGGCGUCAAUGCCGUCGCAUUCUAUUCAGUGACAAUUAUUCGCGAUGCUUUGGGGCCUAGUAUUAAUGAAUAUUUAGCUAUGGGAAUUGUGGACGUUGUGCGUGUUGUUAUGUCAGUCGUAGCGUGCAUAUUAUUGAGAAGAUUCGGCAGAAGGCCGCUGGCCGUUAUUAGUGGAAUUGGAACAUCUUUCUCGCUAUUAGUCUUGGCUGCCUAUUUAUAUUUGACCAGAAAUAAUGGUGGUGCAGCGUGGAUUCCAAUGCUGAGUUUAAUAAGUUAUAUUUGCUUCAUCAGCGUUGGUAUUGUACCUCUACCAUGGGCAAUGACAGGAGAAGUUUUUCCAACGGCGUUGCGCGGCCUGGGUUCCGGAAUUGCAUCUGCGCUGGCCUUUUUGGCAUUUUUUGUAGUAGUUAAAACCGGACCGGCUAUGUUUUUGAACAUCGGACAAGAUGGAACGUUUCUAACAUACGGAACCAUCGCUCUUCUCGGUACUAUAGUAUUAUACUUUUUCUUGCCAGAAACUAAAGACAAAACAUUGCAAGAAAUAGAAGACUAUUUCGUUCACUCGAAGGAUAAAGAAAAGCAAGAAGAUACAAACGUGUAAUAUAGUUGUAUUUUGGUAAAAUAAUUAUUUUUAUAAAGGACUGCAUAUCAUAUUCAUUAGUUACAACCCUCACAUUAGAUUUACUUAAACUAAUUUUAUUUUAAAAUAAGUAUUUGCCAUCGAUUAUAUUGCUGUUAUGAUGCGACACAGCUAAUAUGUGGUAUUUGAACAAUAUUUGAAUUCAUGUGAAUUACUUUGCCAAUUAAUUU